GGUGAUGAUAACGGCUUAACGACGGCAACUGCGAUUCGUAUUUAUUUUUCUUAAACCAUAGUGAAUAAUAAUAUGCAAUCAUACAUUCAUACGUAUAUAAAUAAAUAAAUAAUUUUACACUACCAGUGCUAGCUUUUUAUUAGUCACAUCAAAUUGUGUUACCGGAGCGUCCGGCAAUGGAGUUGGUGGUCGGUGUUAGUUCAAAUUGUUUAAAGUCAUCCGGCGUUCGUAGUUAGCCAAAAAUAUGCUGUCUAGAUGUAACUUUUAUUCAAUCGCGAUGGCCAACGCGAGGUUGAGCGUGUUUGGUCAACGCCGAUUGUUCGUACCUUGUACGGGUUGUUUGUCCAAGUGUACAACUGCCAUGUCCGGACAGAGGAAACAACAAUCGCGUCGCAGCCUCGGAUGUAUAACCACCACCACACCCGACCUUAGAUCGUAUAUGUUGUAUACUUGCAAUAGACGACAGACCAUGUCAACAACAACGAAUCCACCAGACGAAAAGCCACAAAAUAUCUUCCAGAGGUUCAAAAACAUGGCCAAGAAAUACUGGUACAUUGUACUGCCUGUUCAUUUGGUAACUUCGACUGUAUGGUUUGGUUCGUUUUACUUUGUAGCCAGCAUAUUUGAUGUGCCCUCCCUGUUGGAACACUUGGGCAUUCCCGAUAGCAUGAUCGACAAAGUAAGGAAUGGCAACUCGUGGACCAGUUAUUUGGUUAUUGCCUAUGGUCUAUAUAAAAUAUUUACACCACUCAGAUAUAUGGUAACAUUAGGGGGCACUGGUAUAACUUUACGUUAUUUGAAAAGAUUAGGAUAUGUUAACGAUGGGACGUCAUGCCCCAAAAAGCCAUAAAAACAUGAUAAAGUUGCACAUUACUUUAUAGUAUAUUAAAUUUAUAAGAUUGUUUGAAUAUGUAAAUGAAUAGAUAAUAAAAGUCUGUUGAGAUUUUACAAUUUUGUGUAAUAUUUACAACCAUAUUUAAAUAUUGUAAAAAUUUUUCACAAUAUAUUUUAUUAGUUGUCA